AUGGACAACUUCUGGAGCUCCUUCCGGUCUGUCGAGCGAGGCCUGGGCACGCGCAACCGGUGGACCUACUUCAAUAUGCCGGACCCCAUGGAUGCGAGGGAGGAGCAGCACGUCCUUCACAUCCUCGCCGGCAUCACCACCUACCGCAUCCAAGGAGCCAACGGCACAGAGGGCACGGAAGGGUGGUUCUUCCCCAACACCGUGAUUCCGGCGGUGGCUGGUGUCAAGUACGUGUCGCAGGUGUUUGCUGACUCGGGCGACCAGUCGACGGUGGAGGAGGAAGACGGAGAAGAGCUGAAGACGUGGGCGUGCGACCUGGACUGGGAGCAGCCGGAUCCCUUCACCGGCGACUCGGGGGCGUCGGUGUUCGGCUCCGACGACGGCUACUGCUCCACGCAGUGCGAGGUGGUGCUCUUCAAGGCCAAGACCCCGAGCCAGGGCAGGAGGGCCAUCCAACAGUUCGCCGGCGACGACCUCCACGAGAACCGGUUCUCCAACAUCAUGAUGGCCUGCACCUUUGCCUCCACCUACUACUGCGCCGCCCUCUUCGCCGACGUAAAGGCAAGCAAGGACGCGGACUGA